UGCAUUGUGGUAGUUGUACGAUAUCCUCUUCCGGUCUAAACAGGAUGUGGGUGGAACCGGUAUGUUCUCGGACGCCAUCAAGAAAUUCCCCCCAGUUUGAAAAUAUCUUGAGUUUUUUAAAAAAUAUAUAUAUAUUUAUUAUCCGUUUUUAUGUGAAGUUCAAUGCUUACAAUAUUACUUAAACCACAACUUCUGACGCACGCCAAAAAUGUCUCUUUCAAAGUGUGAAAUGUGUGUUAUUUAAAUCUACCUCAUGUGAGGAAUUAUAUUUUAUGUGCUCACCCUUGACCAAGAGAAAACCGUUGGGAGCCAGAGGCUGGCCUGGGCAGCUUCCUGUGUCUGAUGCCGCUGAUGAGCAGUGGGGAAAUCUACAUAAUCGCAGGUGAAUCGUGAACACUCAGACACCAAAUGUUUGGCAAGUGGCUAAACAAAUCUGCAGCUUGAUGUUGUCCAAAUCUUCUGCCAGAUGUGGAGAAAUUUUUUCAUUGCUUGAAGACUCACACCAUGCCGCUGGAUAAUGCAGCCAUAUGACUGUUGUCCCAUCAAUCUUUUUCUACCUACUGAGGACUUUGGGGGCAUGCAAAGAGCCACACUGCAGUCUUUUUCUUAUUUCUAAAUUGUGUCCUCUUAUGUUGGAGCAUUUCUAGUCAUAUCGUUGUGCAACAAAGCACAGAAUCUGGUCGCUAUUGCUCAGUAUCAAAUCUUAAGUACUUAUCAAAUGUUGGAGAUGUAUCGCAAGGCAUCUGAAUACACUGUGGAAUAUGAAGUCGGUGAAGAUGAUGAGGAGAGUGUCACCCAAAGUGACUCUGAUGAGAAGACGUCAGAUUCUUGUGAAACCUCUGAAAACUCUGAUUCUGAGGAAACUGCUCUACCUCCCCCCAUCAAAAAUGGAGAAACCUGCAGCAAGUGUGGUCGGGGACCUUUCAGAUCGGUGAAGCGCCAUUUGCUUUACUGCCGUGGGGUGAAGGACAAGUUUCAGUGUGUGUUGUGCAAGCACUACUUUUUUACUAAGGACGCUCUACAGGAACAUCACAUGCCUCUGUAUUUGUGUCACAGCUGUGGUCAGGUUCUCCCCACCAAGAACUCAUUCAGCCGCCACCCGUGUCCCAGGGGAGUCAAAUCCACUUUGGUGCUCUUCUGCUCCGAGUCGAUGCCGAAAGCAUGCAAAAUAUGCAAAUCCUUUUUCUCGUCUGAUAAAGCUUUGUCAAUCCAUCUGACCAACGUUCACUCAUCUGAAAUCAGCACCAAACAGUACAUCGUUGCUGAUUCAUCUUUGUUGGCAGGAGCCACAAGCGUCCAAACCCAGGCUGCUAAGAGGAAUCUAUGUGUUGGUCAGGCUCAUGUAGAUCCCGCCACCCCAACUCCAGUCACUCAGGGCUCCGAGGCAGUAGCUUCUUCAACGCUCUCCAUUCUAGCCCUGUUUGAGAACGAGAGCCAAGAGUGGGCUCUGAUGAAGCGGAUGAACACAGGAUGGCGCUCUAAAACACCCUGCCACUGCAGGCAGUGUGGUGCCGUCUUCCGACAACCCUCUUUCGCCAUCAGCCACCGCUACCUCCAUCGAGGCCAGCGCUCCUACCUCUGCCAGUGUGGCCGCGCGUUCAGGCACCAGCUGCACCUCCUGCGACACUGCGUUCAGCACGCUGAGGCCUUGAGCUACAUCUGCGUCGGCUGCGGCGACACUUUCUCUGGAGCAAAACUUCUAACGCGCCACAUAAACGGUAAACCAUGGAGAGGAAAUCAACGUGGACGGACAGUGAAAGAAAGUGAGAAUAAAAAGUGCAGGAUGCCCUUGAUGUGUGACUGUGGACUGGUGUUUUUAAGGCCUUCGGCCUACAUAUGGCACCAACUUAAAAACCGAACUAAAAGGAAAAACCUUUGAAGAAGUGCAAGGUCUGUGCAUGUUUUGGUUUAAUUGGAAACCAGUGAUGAAAAACCAAAAACCUAUAGCAGUUUAGAUUUUCAAUUGAAAAUACUAAAUACACAUUUGUUCAUUUAUUUCUCCAAAUUUAGAAUAUAAAAUCUUCAGGUUACAGAAAUAUGAGCCUGAUUUCUCUACUGUUCUCACACACUUUCAAACACUAUGCCAUGUAGGUUUGGAUUUUGUUUCCUGUUCAUAAUAAACACUCUCUUUAAACUCCACA